AUGAUCCCUGGAGCGGCUAAUAUGUUGGUCAAGAUGGACUUUCAUAAAGUGAUUGAACCAAUGUUGUGGACCUUGAACGACCUCGGAUUUAACCUUAAGCAAAUAGCACACUUGCUUACCCGAUUCCCCAAACUACUCAAGUUGUCUACUGCUGAGUUAUCGAAUCGAUUCACUUAUUUUGUUCAACGUGGAUUCAGUCAAACAGAUACCGUGGAGCUGAUUGCUGCACAACCAUUGAUCCUCAACUGCACAUCUGUGGAGAUUGAUCGUCAUCUGGGACAAGUGCAAACUCUGUUCGGAUUCUCCGAAAGGGAUCGUCUCGUGGCUAACUUUGUAUUCAUGCACUUGCGACUGGAUCUGCCAAUCGAGGUGAUUCCAACGUGGCCAGAAGCCCUCACUGCCGCCCCACACUUGUUGCCUCAACGAGCAACCUUUCUUGCUCGCCGUGGUUUAUUUCAACCGGAUCCAACUAAGUGA